UGGAAUUGUCAGAGAAAUUUCCCUGCAUCUGGAAAGAACAUAAAGUUGAAGCAGAUUACAACGCACCGAGGAAACCAUCGAAGCAGCGAAAUGCCUGCAGACUCCGCUGGCUGGAAGGACGACCUCAACCGGCGCCUGAAGGAUUCAGCACAGCGCCAAGGAUACGCGGCGGUCAAAGCGCUGAUAAUCUAUUGGGAAGAUAGCGACCCCGGAUUUGAAGAGGAGGGUAGAGCACUGGCACAGCUGUUCCAGUCUUCAUUUGAGUAUGACGUCGACAUAUUUCCCAUUCCAAGCUCGCACUCGUAUCUUCGAUUACACAACUUCAUUACGCAAUCAUUGCUGGCAGUGACCUCCGAUGCCGAGAGCAGAAAAGGAGCGCCAUUGCUCAUUAUCCACUAUGGAGGCCACGGGGAUCGCAAUGAUGAUCGACAUGGCGGCGAGGAACGACAGUCAGUCUGGGCUGCGCAUGCGCACGGGGGUCCGAGCCUGGAAUGGUUUCGCAUCCAGGACGAUAUUAAGGCGACCGAUACUGACACCCUCCUGCUUCUUGACUGCUGUUUUGCGGCCCAGGCUGCACGCAGUCGCGACACCCGACAGCGUCCCGGGGGACUAGAGAUUCUCGCCGCCGCGGCGAUGGGGAUGGAGACCCUCGGGCCGGGCCGAAGAUCGUUCACCGUCGCCCUGAUGAAGGGAAUGCAAGGUCUGCUCGAUGCCACCGGCGCCGUGGCAAUCACCGACUUACACGCCCGAUUGGCCCACCGGGAUGCAAAUCUCUUCGCCACGCCGUUUUAUGUCAACCUCCGAUCUGGGGCCCGAACGAUCAGACUCGGCCGACUUGCCCCCGUCCAUGGACAGGAGGAUAUUGACAUGGUGGAGGGAUCUGUUUUACAGCUACUCAUCCAAACAAAGGAGCAACUAGAUGUAUCGUCCGUCGGUCAAAUUGCCGAAUGGCUAGAGACGGAUAUGCCUCGAACGAUAGCGAGACUGGAGGUUCUGGACACCUCCACCAGAAUUGAUCGAUUUGUGGAAGGCAUUCGACAGGAGAAGCACGCAUUUCCCCAAGAACUAACCGAUGUCGGCCGACGAGACAUCAUGGAGGCAUGGAAUAAGGUCGCUACGCUAGUCAAACUCCAUCACACCCAGAGCUCCAACGCUCACCAUCGUCGGGAAAAUGGGCAUGGCAUGGGUGAUGAUCUCGGCAGCACGAGUGCAUUCCUUCGGCAGCUCAACGUUCAAAACAGUGCCUUUGUAGAUACUGUGGAGCGUACCAUCUUGGAGGCCUCAGCGGAUCCCGACUCCAAUGUCUUGGAAACGGCUAUAGAAGAUCCUGGCGUGCAGACAUUGGGCAUCGUGGAUCAUCUACGUCUCCGUCAAAUUGUUCUUCGGGAGACGCCACUCAGUGAGCAGGAAGCUCGAGGGUCGUUGACCUACAACCAAGUUGUCCUCGUGGAGACGAAGCAGUACAGUCAAUACGUGGAUCCGGCUCAGAUUCCCGACCUUACCUCCAGGGUCCGUCGUUUGGCCGAACUGUUAAAGGCCCCAAAGGGAAGACAGUUCCUUUCCCUGAAAUGCUGUGCAUGGGAACAUCAGUCGUGGGAUCAUCGUUACGUACUUCAUUUUGAAGUCCCGGAGGUGUAUGCCGAUGGAUCGAGCAGUGACCAUCAUACACUGCAGUCAAUUAUAAAGCAAGUUAAAGGGGCCAGACGACCCUCGCUAGACCAGAGAUUGAGGAUUGCUUUAUUAAUUGCCCAGGCUGUGCGAAGCUGGCACCAAGUUGGAUGGGUGCACCAAGGAAUCAGCGCGAUGAAUGUGAUUUUCUGGAGCUUCAAGGGAUCCGAUGAGAUUGACUACGCCAACCCAUUUCUUCACGGCUUCGACUUUGCUCGACCAGAUUCAGAUCCCUCGAUUGGCCGUUCGACAGACGACAUCGCGUUUAACGUCUACCGUCAUCCCACUCGGCAGGGAGCUGCUCGUAAAGGCCACCGGAAGGUGCAUGAUCUUUACUCGCUGGGUGUCGUUCUACUUGAAAUCGGCCUCUGGCAGUCCGCCCAUGAUCUUGUUGCCUCGAGGAGGCCCGAAGCCCCGGCCCCCUACGUGUUACAGAAGAAACUGCAGGAGGCUUGUUUAACACGACUUGCGCACUACGCGGGGACUACCUACCAGCAGGCCGUUGCGGCAUGCCUCGCUUCGGACUUUGGGGUUGACCUUGAUGAUGCCCAAGGAACCAAAUUGAACGACUCUUUCCGAAGACUGGUAAUUGAUAGAAUAGCCGAGGGCAUUACCAUUCGUUAGAUGAUACAGUGGUUUUGGCCGACUCUCGUCCCUUCCUCACUAUGCAAAUUCGAGAUUCGCCUCGAUAAAGACCUUUCCAUUGUCCACCCUUGUCCC